UCAUAGACAAAGUAAAAGGCAUCGCCAAAAGAAUACAUAAAUAAAAUUUAUACAUAACGAAAAAUGGCUGCGAGCCGUCGGAAGCAAGACGACAGAAAUUUGGAAAUUUUGCGUGAACUUAUAUCUCUAAAUGGAAACAAAUAUUGCUUAGAUUGUAAUCAAAGAGGACCCACCUACGUUAACUCUACAAUUGGUUCGUUUGUCUGUUCAAAAUGUUCGGGAAUGUUGCGUGGUCUUACACCUCCUCAUCGCGUGAAGUCGAUCUCAAUGGCCACGUUUACACCGGAAGAGAUAGAAUUUAUAAAAGCAAGAGGAAACGAUUACUGUAGACGCGUGUGGUUAGGUUUAUACGAUGGAGAAAGUGUUAACUUUAACGACGAACAAAGCGUUAAAGAUUUUAUGUCUGAUAAAUAUGAAAAGAAGCGUUACUACCUCGACUCCCCACUUAAUAAUCCCCCUGUUACCAAUGGUAGUUCGUCAUUAAAAAAUAAAACUAAAGUGAAGUCGAUCGGCGGAGCAUCCGUGACAGCACCAUUGAUAUCAAUAUCUCCGCAAACUUCAAAAAAUAGUAAUAAUAAUGUAAUGGUGAGCAUGGCUAAAGUAGUUAAUACACCAGCUAGUGACACCAGUCAAAAAUUGGCAAGACCUGUUAACAAUUUCUCGCAGCCAAUACCAUCUGUUAUAACCGCUCCUAUCUCCACAUCGUCGGUCUCAGCACCAGUCACUGAUUUUCCUGUUGACUUCACUACAGCAAAUAUUUAUAACAGUUCUCAAUUUAAUAAUAAUGUGAAUAAUAAUUUUUUCAACAAUCCGUCCACAACUAUAACAAAUUUUAAUGCUUUUAGUUCUAACACUACGAGUACCGCUAAUACAAAUGACAGGUACGCUGCUCUAGCGGACUUAGACUUAGCUUUAAGACAGCAGAAUAUGAAAAAUAUGGAAGAAAGUAAUAAUAUGAAUAAUAAAAAUCCAUUCCAAAGCUCAACUACCAAUGAUUUGUUCUCUAAUAAAAACCCAUUUUUCAACGGCGGAUGGUCUUCUACACCCCCUGUACCAGUUAAUCCAUUCAUGCCUACAAGCAACCCGACAUUUGGAAAUUCCAAAAACCCAUUUCUUUGAUGAGUCAUCGAGAUUAAGUCAUUUAAGAACAAAUAAAAUAGAAAGCACAAAUCAUGCUACAAAUUUAAUAUUGUUAAAACUUUUUUUUUAAAAACAAAAUAUAGCAAUUAUUUAUAAAUAUAUUUACACUGCAAUAGUAUUAACAUGCUUAUUAUGGUUGUAAAAAAAGUGCCUAAAUCUGCCUUAAAAAUUCGUAAUAUGAGAUUUCUCGUAUAGAGAUUAUUUAGAAAAGAGUUGUAGAAUUAUUUGAAUGUAUGAAGACUAAAGAUACUGGUAGCUUUAUUAUUUAUAGUAUUUAAUGAAAGCUCCGAGUCAUUUGUAAUUAUAAAAUUGGCAAUCUUGGAUGUUAUUUAAAAAUAAAAGAAUGUCAAACGUUUAAUAAAGACUAGAUGUGGCACAAAUUAGUUGAAAUGAGCUCAAUAGUAUUACAUUUCAAAUGUAUUAUGGCUUAAUUGUAUUUGACCAAUUGCAAUCUUCAUCAACUACGACAUACCGCAGGUUUCUGACACCAAAAUCUCUGUAUAAAACAUAUCAUCAUCCCUGUCAAGAUUUUACACAGAAUAAACAAUGUUUUAAAUAGAAAUUUUGGAUUCAGAAACCCACAGUAAAUAUAAUAAGAAAAAUGUCAAUUCAGAAUAAAUCUAACUUUAGUAAAUUUCGAUAUGCCUUACCGUUGGGUACUGAGAUCAAAAUCUCUGUAUAAAACACAUUAUCAUCCCUGUCUUUAUCUUUGACAAAACCGAUAUAACAGUUUAUUUUAAAUGAAGAUUUUGGUCUCAGAAACCCACACUGCGUGUGAUGAAGUUUAUGUUUAUCAUGGGAUGUAAUACAAAAAAUCUGUAUACAAAUUGUUGUUACCUUAAAACUUGAAGUUCUUAAUAUGUGCCUUAUUUAAAUAUUGGAAUGUGAUUAUUAAAAUUUGAUUGUCAGUUAUAGUUGGACUGAACACUUUAGAAUAUUAAUUCGUCGUACUCAAAGUCAUUAGUGAGUCUAAACAUGGAAGUGUCUAUUAAUAGACAGGAUGUAUUAAUUUUCAAGAUUUUACGAGGCUAGAUUAAUUGUUAUAACAGUUUUAAAUAUGUAUUUCAUACAGAAAUCUUGUAAUUAAAUAUUUAUUAUUAGUUAAUCUCAUAUUUCAUAUCUGCCUUACUAAUAAUAGAAAAUGUUAAGCUUUUAAUUUUAUAAACACUUAAUGAAAUGACAAACACAUGAUCAA